AUGAGGAAAAAAAGAAGGAAGAUUGGGAGGAGGAGGAAGAAGAAGAAGAAGAAGAAGAGAUUCCUAUUCUGCAUCUCACAGCUUCUAUGCCAAGGGCUGUUUGAAUGGGUUGCCUUGGGUUUAGUUAGCCUGCUUCCUCUCUGUUCAAGGAGCGCUUAUUCCCACAGCUUCUUUGGGAGCAACUUAUUCUUGUGCUACAGUACAUAA